AUGAGCCAAAGAGGUCCAUCAUCUAUGUCAAAUCGCUCGUCCUUUCGGUUUGUCGCAAGUCAAACAGGGAACAAUGGCGACAAGAGCGAGCAUAAAAACAACAGGACUGAAAAUGCCGGAGAUGACAUAGACAAAGACCUUGACGGGCUUUCAGAACAAGAGGUGUUUCAGACAGGAGUCAACUUUGUCUUAUCUGCUCACAAAUUUGGGGAUUGGAACGGCCAUGGCUAUCGCGUAUUUCAAGCACACAUCCCUCAGGCCAUGCCAUGUCAACGCAAGGAACACUGCUACAGCUUGCACCCCCAACCCUCGACGGCGAUUCACGAUGGCAGGUUUCGGCAGAAGUCUUUCAAAGGCUGUGCGAGAUGGCGGACAAGCUUAGCUAGGAUGGGUACAUUACGCCCGUCCAGGCGUGGAACAGGAUAA